AGCUGCAGACUGCAAGAUAUGUGCAAUGAUGAUGGGACCUAGUGUAAACUCCCUCUGGUGGGAGAAUACCCGGGAGUUUGGACCAACUGAGGCUCCGUACUGAAGAGAGCAAGAUGAACCUGCUACAGCCUCCUUUUUGCUUCAUAUCCACAGCAAACCUAACGGAUUGACAGAAUUAUGAAGAUAGAAGAUUUACUGCCCUAUAUUUGGCAUAUUGUCCUCCUUAAAUGAUCUAAAAAAAUGAGGCAUUCAGAUCUGCCAUGUCUGUUACAUGGCAAAACGUUAUUAUCAGUGUCUGCACGAAAAAUGAAAUGACCGAUUUUAUCAUCAGAAAUAAAACGCGCUCCAUGCUUUAUUACGUGCAGUUUUUGUGAGGGCUUUUAGUUAUUUUAGUUUUUUUAAAUGCCAUUUACAGAUUCCAUAUAAAACUUGGUGCAACAAAGAGAAAAUGCAUUCAUAGAAGAGCGGAGGAUUGCUUGGCACCUCAAGGUGAUAGUGUGAGCCAGUGUGCAGCAGCAGUCCAGGCCCAGGGGAGGGACCGACCGAGCGGAUGCCCCAGGCUGUGCAGCGGGGGCGGCAGGCUCGACCAUGACUCGGCUGAUGUUGGGCCGGACCCUGGAGCGCAUCUGCAAGGCUGUCCUGCUGCUCUGCCUUGUGCACUUCGUCAUCAUGAUGAUCCUCUACUUCGACGUCUACAGCCAGCGCUUUGACCAGAUCUUCAGCCGCUUCAACAACGGCCGCAACACCAGCCGCAACGGACACCACUACUACUACAACCUCAGCCGGCCCAACGCCACCUACACCAGCUACCUGGCCACCGCAGACCAGCUGCUGCCCACCGUACGACCCGAGGGAAACCACACACCGCCCACUGCCAAACCUAUACAACCUUGCCCGGAGAUACCCCCUGGUCUAGGUAGUUGAUGAUCCCCUUUUACACUAAUGACUAAUGAAAUAGUACCCCUUUUCACAUUACAAUGCCGACUCUAACUAUACUGUGCUAGCUCAGAUAUAUUUGUUUAACUUUCAAAUUUUAUUUUUUACAAUGUUCUACUGUGGUUGAUGCAUAACCAGACCAGCACAGUUAUUACAGCACAGCUCAGAUACUAUCAUCAUUA